AGAUUUUUACCGUGGUUUCCUUCUUUUCCGCCGCAGUAAGUUUCCAGAAUUCCAAUCUAAAAACUAACGGGAAAUCCGAGUUGCUUCGCAUCAAUUCAAUAAACCAGCCAUAGACCGGGGGAAGAAAAGAGGCAGAAACUCGAGAGAAAUGGAGAUGAAGCAGAUCUACGUUCUGGCGGCUCUUUUGUUGAGCUUCGUCGCCCGAAUCUCUUCCCUCUCCAUCACCGUCAACGACGUCGAGUGCGUCUACGAGUAUGUCUUCUACGAGGGAGACGCCAUCUCCGGUAACUUCGUGGUCGUCGAUCAUGAUAUCUUCUGGGGCUCCGAUCACCCUGGCAUCGAUUUCACUGUCUCGUCACCUGGAGGAAAUGUUGUGCACAACAUAAAGGGGACAUCUGGGGAUAAGUUUGAGUUGAAGGCGCCAAGGAGCGGGAUGUACAAAUUCUGUUUUCACAAUCCUUUCUCCACGCCAGAGACAGUGUCGUUCUAUAUUCAUGUGGGCCAUAUUCCCAAUGAGCAUGAUGUUGCAAAAGAUGAGCAUUUGGACCCAAUUAAUGUUAAGAUUGCUGAACUGAGAGAGGCAUUGGAAUCUGUUACAGCAGAACAGAAAUACCUGAGGGCACGAGACAAUAGACACCGACACACAAAUGAGAGCACAAGAAAGCGUGUUAUUGGCUAUACAGUUGGAGAAUACAUUUUGCUGGCUGCCGUGAGCUCACUCCAGGUGUUGUACAUCCGCCGACUCUUCAGCAAGUCAGUGUCGUACAAUCGUGUUUAAGUGGGGUUCAAUCGAUCUAAGUUAUUGUCCAUUAAGUAAUGAGUUAAUAGAGGAAACUAGUAGAGUAAUUUAGAACCAUGUAUGUUUUAUACAAACAGAAACCAGCUGGAUCUUUUCUAACUAUUGCAGUUUUUGCAUCCUAAUGAUGAAGCUCUUCGUGGUCACUCAUGUUCAACUUAGCAUAAUAAUCUACUAGACUUUGAUGCAUAUUCAAGUUUCAAAAAGAAUUUCCAGCUCUCUUUAACUUCAGCAGAGAAUGGCUUUGCCGGUGUAGGAUUGUGUUCCCUGCCCCAUCUCCAUGGUCGUGCUGCUCAAGAUCUAGAAAAUGGAGUUGUACAGGGCUCAAAAGAAAAUGUGAUGAUGGCGAGGUUAAUGUGCUUAGCACAGCGUUGUACGGUUGAUUAGU